AUGGAGGAAGAUAAAGCUUUGAAGCCUAUCAAGGCUCUGAUAGCCGAUUUGAAGAGGCAAUUGGGUGAGAAAGAUGAGCUUUUGAGAAGUGCUAGGCAAACGAUUGGGGAGCUUCGUAAGAUUAUCUCCAUGAGGGAACAGGUUAUUGGUGAUCGGGAUGAGAGGAUUGUGUCCAUUCAAAAACUCCAAGAAUGGCAUCAAACUAUCAAUCAACAUGAAUGGGAAGGCAAAGGAAAUCUUGAACUACACUGGCAAGAAAGUUACAGACGACUAUACUCGGCUUACAUAAAUCAAGGUAAAGAGCUUAAGAUAUUCAAACAGGCGGUCGCUGGUGAGGAUGGUGGAGGUCAAGUCGAUUUUCUCCGGAAAAUGGUUUCAGACCAUGCCAAAAUUGUGGAAGGCAAGGAUCAAAUCAUUGCGCAGAAAAAUCAUAUCAUAGCCAAGAAAGAUUUCUUGCUUUUGAGUGCGGACCCGAAGGUCUUUCCGUGUUUUGAGAAUGUAGAAGUGGGUGGUUUGCGUCGGUUUAGCUAUAGCGCAGAUCGAGUCUUUGCAGAGAUAGAAUUCGAGUCCAAAGUCAAGGAGGUGCAAGUGGAUGUCGUUGGACGGACGAUCAAUGGUCAUGUUAUCAAAUUAUUGGUUGAUCAGAUAGUACGAAUUCAUGAAGACUACACGACUGUCAACGCUACAUGUCAUGAUCAGAUGAAGAUGGAAUUAACCAAGAAACCAAUAUACGAGAUAGGUCUCAGGGCUCGGGCUCGCGAGAUGGAAUAUGCUUUUGCGGCCAGAACUUGCUCCAUUCCUAGAGAAAGGAUUACACACUCGGGAAACCUUGUCCCGCCUGAAAUCGCACUCAAAUAUGGGGAUAUCUGGAACAAUUCUUCAUAUUUCGUCAAAGUUAUACAGCUCCUGGAAUUUUUCCGUGACUUGAAGAUAUGGAAUCGGGAGGGUAUCGUGGGCUGUAGGUAUGCUGCUCUCAGAAACCGUGUCGCAGGAUUGAUUCAUAGAGUCUAUCCUCUAGAAGAAUUUCACAAUGGCGAGGAAUUUGAUGCGGACGAAGCAGCCACCAAGGAAUUCGACGAAUUGUGGGAGGUCUGUCGUGAACUACGCGAUGGCCACAAAGCAUAUCGUAAGGAGCUGAUUUCUUCCAGAAGAAAUUCAAGAGAGGAUUCGAGAGAAAUAGAUCGUGAGAGCUUGAUCCUUUCCAAAACAGACUCACGGGGAAAACUUGAAAAGUUUCGUGAGAACUUUCCUCUCUUUCGAAGAGGUUCUAAGGAAUAG